UUCGGAAAUACGAAAACGCCUCCCCUCCCCACCACCAUUUUCUGCUUACAUAUAUACAUACACAUAUACAUAUACAUAUACAGUAAAACAAAGGAGACUUCUCCAUCUACAGAUGAGAGUUUUUAGAGAGAGAAACGCAUAAUUGAAAUUCCGUUUCUCUUUAAUUUCUUUCUCUCAAAACUCUCUGUAUUUCUUUUUGUUAGGGAAUUGUGUUUGAUUCGAGCUGGACCUACCAUCGAUCCCGCGAAAGCCACUGCUCGGUGUUGCUUUUGGAGAAUCUGAAGCUCAAUUUUGCGUUUCUCAUCCUAAGUUUUCUUUGUAUUCGAUGAAGGUGGAGGAUGUCAUGCUGGUGCUGUUCAUCUGAAUUGGAGCUACUCGUGUAUAGUUGAAUUGCCGUUUGCGAUUCUCCGUGAGGAUUUUUGGAGAGAGAAGAAGAUUUGCGGCGAAUGCGCCUCCGAUCUUUACGUUGGAGGCGGAUCUGAAUCGGAGCUCGAAUUGUACAGGCCAAAACAAAAAUUUUUAAAAAAACUGCAGAUUGAGGAAUUAAUUAUACAUGGAAUUACCUCUUGGAACUGAAGGAAGAAAGGCAACUCAUGAUUUUCUCUCACUGUAUUCGUCAUCAGCUGCACAUACCCAACAAGAUCCGUCUCCCACGCAAGGCAGCUACCUUAAAACGCAUGACUUCCUGCAACCAUUGGAACGGGUGGGGAAGCAUGUGACAACAACGAAAGAAGAUAUUAAAGCUACGGUGGUUGCUGUUGAUAGGCCUCCAUUGCCAGCUCCUCCGGCCUCGGUGGAGCAUAUUCUUCCUGGUGGCAUUGGGACGUAUAGCAUCUCUUAUUUCAAUAAAAUGGUGUUACAGCCUGAGGGGAGCAUGUUUACUGCUCAGCCGAGUAGUACUACUAGGAACGACGGAAACUCAAACUGCAGUUCUAGUUUUACUCUGUGGAAUGAAUCUGCAGUUAAAAAGGGAAAGACAGGGAAGGAGAAUAUUGCCACAGAAAGACAUAUUCUGCGAGAAGCGGGUGUUAAUGUGGUUGGAGGGCAAUGGGCGCCAUUCAUGGAAAAUCCAUCACAAUCCUCGUUUAACCAUAAGAACAAUGCCACAAACUUCAGCUCUUUCUCAUCUUCUCAGCCAUCAUCUUCUCAUCAGAAGAACCAAAGUUUCAUGGAUAUGAUAAUGACAUCUAAGAAUGAACAAGAAGACGAUGAUGAUGAUGAAGAAGAAGAAGAUGAAGAAGAGUUCACCAUCAAGAAAGAGCCAUCGCCCCAUUUGAAAGGUAAUUUGCCUGUGAAAAUUGAAGCAAAAACUAUAGAUCAGAAGCCUAAUACACCACGCUCAAAACACUCAGCUACAGAGCAACGAAGGAGGAGCAAGAUUAAUGACAGAUUUCAAAGACUGAGAGAGAUCAUUCCUAAUAGCGACCAGAAGAGAGACAAGGCAUCGUUUCUCUUAGAGGUUAUCGAAUACAUCCAGUUUUUACAAGAGAAAGUAACCAGAUAUGACAGUUCAUAUAACAUCUGGAAUCAUGAGCCAUCCAAAAUGAUGCAAUGGCAGAGGAAUUGUCAUGGAAACGAAGGCUUUGUAGAACUUGCACGAGGAACAAGCACUGAUUCUGCUCCAGCAUCAGUAUUUGGCAAGAAGUUUGAUGAGAGCACUGCUACUACUUUGAGAGAAAGAGUGGUUCAACCUCCUGAAUCAACAUCUAAAGCUGGGGCAGUGCAUUCGCCAAAUAUCUUCACUCUUGGUAGUAGGACAACAAGCAUUCCAGCUUCCCCAAUUUCACCAAAACAGGCAUCUGGUGUGGAGAAAACUAUUGCAAGGCCUCCAUCCCAGGUUCGAUCAUGUACCACCGACAAUAAAAUGACAGAACAGGAACCGACUAUUGAAAGUGGCACGAUCAACAUCUCAAGCGCCUAUUCCCAAGGGCUGUUGAAUACUAUUACACAAGCAUUACAGAGCUCUGGAGUGGAUCUAUCCCAGGCCAGCAUCUCAGUACAAAUCGAUCUGGGGAAGAAAGCAAACGGCAUCACACAUUCUUCAACUUUCGUCUCCAAGGAGGAUGAAGUCGAUGUCACCUUACCGCGUUCUGCAACGGGGAAGGAGUCAGGGCGUGGUACGAAGAAACUAAGGACUAGCUGAAGCCUAGUGUAACAGUGUAGUAAUAUUCUUUGGUAGUUUUAUUUGUUCAUUUUUUCGGGGUUCCGUUUUCGACAGAGAGGUACGCCAAAAUCAGGAACCGUUGUACAUGUGUUUUUUAUGAUUCCAGUCUCCAGAUGUUUUAACUCCAGUUUUGGGAUACACAUAUCUCAGCACACAAAAAUGUUGUGUUACUAUGUACUACAAUCUGUAUGUUACUAUAAUUUAUUACUAUAUGUAAGAGGCUUCCAUUCUCAUAUUAGGAAGCCCUGCUUUUGAUUUCAA